CCAAGGCUCCGCCCCUUCGUGGAUUGGUCCGUUUCGGGAGGACGCUGGGCUAACGGAGGUUUCUGCCUUUGCCGGACACUUACAGACGAAGGCGGGGGCGAGGCCGGGCUCGCUGUUGCAGGAUUUCUCCGUCAUGAUCAUGAUCGAAAGCCUUGACUCCACAUGCACUAUGCCCAGCCAGGACCUCUGGGCUGAAAUCUGCUCAUCCCUGCCGCAUCCGGACCAGGAUGAAGAGUCAAGCAGGGCAUUUGCAGAUUCCUUUGCAGAUUCUUACGUUCACAAAGAGCCUCAGAAUGAAGUCCUGGACAACUCGUUCCAAACAGACCUGAAACCCUGGGCACCCCUAAGGGAUUCAGAAGUCUACCUGGCAUCUUUAGAGAGAAGAUUAAUGAGGAUAAAGGGUUUGUCUCAGGAAGUGACCUCCAAAGACAUGCUGCACACGCUUUCGCAGGCUAAGAAAGAAUGCUGGGACAGGUUUCUGCAGGAGAAGUCCGAAUCUGACUUUUACAUGGAAGGAACAGAAUCUGAUGAGAGCACGCUGGAACACUUGAAACGUUGGCUGCAGCCUGACAAAGUGGCGGUCAGCACUGAGGAAAUACAGUAUCUGAUUCCCCUUGAAGCUCGUGCAGAGAAGGAAGAGACUGAAGAAGAGUCCAUGCCUGUAGAGCAGUGAAAUGCAUCUGGACUGUCUUGCAACCCACAAACAGUUUGUGUUUAACACAGCAUGAGGAGGGAAGUGCCAAUAUUUGGUUGAGGAAGACCUUGGAUUUCCCCCCAGCCCCACCUCCACUGCCCCAGUUUGUAUCUUAGAGCAAGUAUUCCAGCUUAGAGUUCUAACUGCUGCAGAUAUAAAUUAGACAUAGGCAAUUUGCCAAGAUGACUGAACAUAAGGGCAAGGGAUAGUCCAGCGGACAUGAGUUAACAAAUCCUUUCAUUUGAUUUGCUUUUCUACCUUGUAUUGCCUCUUUGUGUCUAAUUUGUUCCCAGAGCAUUUUGGUGCAUUGCAUUUGAAGGGUUUGUGUGCACUGAUCCUUUUGUACUGUGCUCUUUGGUAUACAUAGUCAACUGAAUCCAAUCCUUCCUGGAAAUGUGCAGAUACAUGUACCUUCAAAUUCCUGUAUAUGAAACAUACUUUAACAUUCCUUUCUUCCAAUGUAUAAUUCCCUAGUGCAGUCACCUCCCAUCUGGCAUCCUCCAGAUGUUUUGGACUUCAACUCCCGCCAGCCCUAGGCUAAUGAACACAAAUGUUGAGAAUUAAAAACAAAUCUGGAGAGGCUCAGGCCAGGGAAGGCUGCUGAAUGGAUCCCUUCUAGGGCUGAACCCCUUGUGACAUGAAGCAAUGUGUGUUUUUGCUUCAACUCUUUUUAAACCAAGGGAUGCCUGUACCUUCUCCCUUGCAAAGUGAAAAGCAGAUGGUGGUACAGUUCUGUGUUCACCAUUUCUGCCACCACCAAUGUUUUAAUUAAAACAAAAGACAAAAAUUAGAAAAGAUGCACACCACUGCAUGUAACAUGUUGUUUUACCUGUAGAUAGACGCUUCUCCUAGUGGAAAAAAAACCUCUUUGGUAUCAAAAUGGUUAUUUUGGUCCUAAUAAGGAACAGGUUUUGAAGCUGGAACUAUGAUGCGUAUAAUCUUGAAUUUAAAACUUACCUGGAAUUUAUUUGCUUUAUCAUUCAUGUUAAUUAUGGACUGACAGUAUGAUCCUUCCAAGAAACCUUAAAGUUUCCAGGCAAUAGAUGUCUAUUUAUAUGCAUGUUUCCUUUCUUGUUGCGGGUUGUCUUCUGAAACAGUCAGGAAUAAAAAACUGUAGCAAUUUGUUGAAAUAAAUAAGACAACUUAUAAAAUGAA